GCAUUGCCUUGUGUGAACAACAUACAACACUGCCAACAUGACCCCUUCCAUAUCAAGUGACAACUUUUCUUUGUUUCUUGGUACAAAACUCCGCCCACCCACAGAGAGGAAUAAAUAGUCGAUGCCGUUUUUUCUCUGAAUACCUUCUGUGGCACUCCUGGGAUAGAGAACCGAGGACAGUGACCUACAAUCAUGGCCUCCCAGGGACUCCAGAUCAUGGGCGUCGUGCUGGCCAUCAUCGGGUGGCUUGGGGUCAUCAUCGUGUGUGCCCUGCCCAUGUGGCGUGUGACGGCCUUCAUCGGUGCCAAUAUCGUGACGGCACAAGUGAUCUGGGAAGGCUUGUGGAUGAGCUGUGUGGUCCAGAGCACGGGCCAGAUGCAGUGCAAGAUCUAUGACUCCAUGCUCGCCCUGCCGCAGGACCUGCAGGCCGCCCGCGCCAUGGUCGUCAUCUCCAUCAUCCUAGGCAUCUUCGCAGCUGUAAUGUCUGUUGCUGGUGGAAAGUGCACCAACUGUGUGGAGGAAGAGACAACCAAGGCUAAAGCGUGUAUUGUCUCUGGUGUGAUCUUCAUCGCUGCUGGGCUCCUCUGCCUCAUCCCUGUGUCCUGGUCAGCCAACACCAUAAUCCAGGACUUCUACAACCCCCUGUUGACUGAGGCCCAACGUAGGGAACUGGGAGCAUCCCUCUAUAUUGGCUGGGGAGCUGCUGGAACACUCCUCUUGGGUGGAGGCUUACUGUGCUGGAACUGUCCCCCCAAGGAAAGUCGAUCUUAUCCUACAAAGUUUUCAGCUGUGAGAUCCAGUGCUACCCCGAUGGACUAUGUCUAAAUUACUGAAUGGAAUUAUAAUAAUCAGUCUAAGGUUCCAAGUAAUGGACAAGCACUAAGGACAUUAGGUAUCUCAGAUGUUUUCUGGUCAUACUGUUUUGUGGACCUUUCAUAGUAUUGAAAAACCUUUCUUAGAGAUAAAUACACACUUUUUACUUAUAUGUAUGGACUCGAUUUGUCAGUAUAUAAUUUUUUUCUUUUGGCGUUAUGUAUAUGCUGUAUGCUGUUAUUUUCAUCGCAUAUUUUACUACAAUUUUCUUACUGCUAAAAAAGUAUGCUUUAAAUGCGUAUCAAUAUUAAAAUAAAACAGGCCAAAGGCCUUAUUGCUGUA